AUGAAUCGAUCUAGGAUAAGGCAUGUACAUCCCACCAGACGGCUCCAAUUGGCACUCCUCCUCCUCCUUUCUUUCAACCUGGCAGUGUUUGCCUUUCAACCCAAUGCGCCACGAAUCAUGACCAGAUCGAAUGAUAUACAAUUGCAAAUGUACGUGGACAUUCAAGAAUCAGCGCCCCGCGAUAUUGGUACCAUGGAUGAAUGGGCGACUUCCUGUGGUGUCCAACGAUGCGAGGGGUUUCAAUUGACACCCACCCAAGACGUUCCCGUGUUGGAAGUAGGAGUCAUGACAGCUACUGAUUUGCCAAAUGGAUCCCCGGUCUUGUUUGUCCCCGGUGGCAUGUGUCUUUCCAGUCAACAAUCUCUUCAAGAGAUUGGCAAGCUUGAAGCUGCGGAACAGAGAUUAAUCUCAGCAAAGGCAUCGGAACAUGUGCCCCAGUUCUACCUAUUUCUAAAGAUUUUGAUCGAGUUUGAAAAGGGCGACCAAUCGCCAUGGUUUCCCUGGUUCAACGCACUGCCGAGAUAUUAUGCCAACGGUGCCAGUAUGACACCCUUUUGUUUUGAUUGUUUGCCACCACUGGCAAGUUCUUUGGCCAUGGGAGAACGCAUCAAGUUUAUUCAGUUCUUUCAAGCACUGCGAUAUGUCGACUUCUUGUCGGACAACGUAAAGAGUAGCAAAGACUUGGCCAAGUGGGCCUUUGCCGUCGUGUACACCAGAGGGUUUCCAACACCGGAUGGGGACUUCAAAAUUGCACCCAUGGCGGACAUGUUCGAUCAUGGAUCAGAUCCCGAAGUUUCCUUGCAAUAUGACGAAGAGGGCAAUUGUGUUGUAUAUUCCUGCAAGGACGUUCCAGCAGGAUCGCCCCUUCGAUUGUCGUACGGAGAUUCGACAAAUCCAACCCAGCUGUUUGCUCGAUAUGGUUUCUUGGAUGAGACAUCGGAAGCUUCCUUUUGCAAGAUCAUGAUUUCCCAACCAUCGAAAGAACUAGUGGACAUGGGGUAUGCCCAAAACAGAAUGCUCUUUUACAAAAAUACUGGAGAAAUCUCGCAAGAGGUCUGGGACGUUCUCUUGUACCAAAUUCUCACUUCGGAUGCAAAUGUCCAAAAUCAAUUCUACCAAGCCCACAUAAACGGAGAUUAUCAAACCAAACAAGCCAUUCACGAUCAUUACUUUCCACAAACCUCAGUCGCCCUCAACAAUCACGUCAAUACCUUCCUUAAAGAUCUAGACAACUUGCAAAAGAAGGGUGUGGGAAAGGAUGUGAAUGAACACCCGCGAUUGCCACUGAUCAUGCAACAUAAUGAAUUUGUCAAGCAAACAUUCUUGGCGGUUCAAGCGCAAUUGGCUCAAUACUGA